UUGGCCCAACUAAUUAUCAAACAUCACAGGCCCAUAAUACUAUGUUCAGCCCAUCCGUCUACCAUAAAGUUAAUUAGGCCCAUAACAACACACUUUCACAUCAUCAUCAAUAAUUAAAUAAUUAAUGGACGACACCUUUUGAAUACAAAUCCAUGAACCGACUUGCAAGAAAAGCUUCAUCUUCUGAUUCCCUAUUUAUUUAUGUAUUCCUCUCGGAUUUCAAAUCGGCAAAUCGAACAUGCCUUCCUCUGAAUCCAUCCUCUCCGUUUUCCUCUUCGUCCUGGUGGGCUUCCUUCCCACCCCUUCCUCCGCCAGAAAGCGCCACGUCAUCAAUUUCCGGUCGCCUGGCCUCUACCCGGAGGGCCUGACCUGGGAUCCAUCCGGCAACCACUUCAUCGUCGGCUCACUCCACCACCGUACCAUACACUCCGUCUCCGACGCCGGCGUCGUUCAAACCCUAAUCUCAGAUCCAGAUCUGCCGGAGAACGCCACCAUCCUCGGCCUGGCAAUCGACUCCGCUCGCGGCCGUCUACUCGCUGUCAUCCACUCCGCGCCGCCUCUGCCGUCCUUCAACGCCCUCGCGGCGUAUGAUCUCCAUCGCAGCGGCGACGGAGGUCGUCGCAUCUUCCUCUCUCCCCUCCCUACUAUCCCCGGCGAGGGGCGGGAUGUCGCGAACGACGUGACAGUGGACUUCAGAGGCAACGCUUACGUCACGAAUUCAGGAAAAAACUUCAUAUGGAAGGUGGAUAGAGAAGGCGGAGCGUCGAUCUUCUCGAGAUCACCGUUAUUCACAUCGCAACCGAUGACAGCAGAGAGGGACGCAGUGUACGCCGAUUGCGGGCUAAACGGAAUAGUAUACGUGAGCAGAGGAUAUCUGCUGGUGGUGCAGAGCAACACAGGGAAGAUGUUCAGGGUGGAGGAAGACGAGGGGAGGGCGAGGGUGGUGGGAGUGAAGGGAGAGCUGACGGCGGCGGACGGAAUGGCGUUGAGGGGGGAUGGGGUGGUGAUGGUGGUGUCGCAGGAGAAGGUGUGGUUUGUGAAGAGCGAUGACAGUUGGAGCGGAGGAGUUGUGUACGAGGAGAGAGAGGUGGAGAGGGAUGGGAUGGCGACGGCCGUGGUGACGGCGGGGGAGGAGGAGAGGGUGUAUGUGUUAUAUGGGAGGGUGACGGAGGGCAUGACGGGGAAUCAGAGCCGGGAGUGGUUCGGGAUAGAGGAGGUUUGGACGGAGGAGGAGGGCGUGUGGCUGUACGUGCUGCUUGGGCUGGCUCUGGCAUAUUUCGGAUUCUGGAGGUUUCAGAUGAAGCGUCUCAUCACCCACUUGGACAAAAAGACCCUUUAGACCAACUGAUGGCCUUUCUUUUGCUGUUUUGUUGGUUUUUAGGUAUGGGCCAUAGACUCUUCGU